AGUUACGAGUUACAAUUGAAAAAGAACGAUACGAUACGAAUUAACAAACGUUCAAAACGGGAUACUUUUAUAAAAAAUAAUAUAAUAAAUAUUAUAAAAUGAAGUAAUUAAAAAACGAAUUAAAAUUUGUGCACCAUUAUUGUGAAAUUAAACAAAGAAACAAAAAAAAAACAAGUUUAAAGCUUAGUUCUUAAUUAUAAAUAUAACAAAAAAUUAAAAUUGAAAUAAAUUAAAAAUUAUUACAAAAAAAAUACGGCCACUUAAAAAAAUUCACUGUCUGGCAUUUCAUAGUGUGUGAGAAAUUAAAUAAAUGUUUUUACUUGUAAUAACAAAAAUAGAAUUGUUCAAUAAUAUAAUAAAUGUUCUUAAUAAUUUAAAAAUAUAUUAAAUGCUAUUAUAAAUAAAAACAAAUAUUCAAUAUUGAAUAAAAAUGUAAUAAAAGAAGAACUCAUGCAUUAGUAAAACAUUGCGGCAAUAUGCAUUUUAAAUAAUUCCCGAUUUACUUCAUUUGAGACCUUUUUUUACACACGUAAAUAUUUGAAGUUCUAUCUUACUGACAAACUAAAAGUUGACGGUAUUAUGGUGGAGUCAUCGAGCUUGGGCAGAACAUUGAACAAUGCUCCAGUUCAGCCAUUACCCACACAAUCACCCUCCGGCAUGCGUUGCGGUACAUUGGAGACCCGCGUGCGUGGAGCUUGGUAUCGCGUAUUAGUUACUUUAGAAACAGAUUAUUUGGCCAUUAGCCUCGAUGAGACGUGUGAAAAUGCUGGAUCGGGUGAUCAAUCGACCACACUAAAUGGUACUUUAGGGAGUAAUCAUAGUGGACAUAAUGGCUCCAUUCCAUCUUCUGCUUCCAUGCAGGGCAUGGGCCAAAGUGGUGGUGGUGGCAGCAAUACUAAUGAUAUAGAUGUAACGGAUAAUUGCGACCAUUUGCUAAAUAACAAUACUUUAGAUAGUGGCAUGGAUAUGUGUGAUGUACCUGAUCAUGUGGCAAAUCAAAAGAGACACGUGCGCAUUAUAAAAUCCGAAAAUAAUGGUCUAGGUAUAUCUAUUAAAGGCGGUCGUGAAAAUCGUAUGCCAAUAUUAAUAUCAAAAAUUUUUCGUGGCAUGGCCGCAGAUCAAGCCAAGGGACUCUAUGUGGGCGAUGCUAUUCUUUCCGUUAACGGAGAAGAAUUGCGAGAAGCUACACACGACGAGGCGGUUAGAGCAUUAAAAAGAGCUGGACGCGUGGUUGAUUUAGAAGUAAAAUUUUUGCGCGAAGUUACACCGUACUUUAGAAAGGCCAGCAUUAUUUCGGAAGUUGGCUGGGAAUUACAACGAGCAUUUUUAUGCCCAUUAGGACCCGGCGUAUCAGCGUCACCUCCUGCACCAAAGACUACACCAAGAGCCGAUACCCGCUACAUACCAUUGCAAUUAACACAUUUGGCUCGUAACUUGAAAUACAUCGAUCCAGAAAAUCGUUGUCUGGAACUACAUUCACCUGAUGGUGUACAUUCGUGCAUAUUGCGCGCUUCAGACUCGGCGGAAGCAUUAGUAUGGUUUAAUGCCUUACACAGCGCAAUGAGUGGCUCUACUCAACGUGCUUUAGUGGAGGCCAAUCGGGCUUUAAUAAAUGUCAUUGGUGAACUGAAACACAUCGGAUGGCUGAGCAGACGUUUAAGCAACGGCAGUAGUAGCGGUGGGGGUGUAGUGGCAGGAGGUGGAGGAGGCAAUGGCAGCAAUGCUACUGCAGUUGGUGCCACUAAUCCUAUGACGGGUACUACAACAAGUGUUGGCAGUGCUGGUGAAGUGCCAAGUGGUCGUUCGAGUUCGGAGAGCUCUGAUGAAAACGAUAAAUGGCAACCUAUAUUUGUGUCUGUAACUGAACGUGAAUUGCGAAUCUAUGAAAGUGCUCCAUGGUCGGUGGAAGCUUGGGGUCGGCCUUUAGAAAGUUUUGCCUUAGCCACUACUCGUUUAGCAGGCGCGGGUAAUAAUUCAUCUUUAAAUGGACAACAGUCAACUGUGUUUUGUGUACGUUGUGGCACUACACGGGGAGUUUUAGUUUAUUGGCUGCGCUCGGAAACCCACCGUGAUAUGGCUGCCUGGGCUAGAGCAUUAGUUCAAGGUUCACAUAAUGCGGUCAACUAUCAGCGUGAAUUUUCAUUUCGCUGCUUGUAUCAAGGCAGACAGUGUCAAUUGGUUGUGCAUUUAAAUCGUGGUUUUUGUCUUUAUGAGUGCGGUUAUACGGCACCCGCUCAAGCUAAAACACAAUUGUGGCAAUUUCCUUUUGAUAAAUUGCGUGGUUCCGCUGACGAUGGCAAUCGUAUGUUAUAUUUGGAUUUUGGCGAUGAUGGUGAAAUUGAAUUAGACAUGGAAUGUUGCCCCAAACCCGUAGUAUUUGUACUGCACAAUUGUCUGUCGGCCAAAGUUCAUAAUAUAGUUUAAAAGCAAAAAUCAAUAAAAGAAAUAUUUACUUUGAAUUUAACGCAUUAGAAGUGAAGGAAUGCACCAGAUGAAGGACAUCACAUUUAUAUACACAAGGUAUUUAGUGAAAUAUUUAAGAAAUAAUGGAAAACAGAAGAAGAUGAAGAAUUUUUGUAAUUUCAUACUUUAACAAUAAUUGAAAAAUAAUUUAGUUAAAUAGAGUAAAACGUAUUACUUAAAAAAAAGCGUAAAAAGAAAUUCAAAAAAAGUCCCCAUACUAAGUAGCAUAAAACAUACAUAUGUAAAAUUUCUAAAAUAAAAUCUAAACAUUUCAAAUUAAUGGAGCUUCCUAAAAUAUAAAACCCCGAAAAAAUAACAAAAAACCCCUUUAUACAUAUCCUGGUUACUAAGAAUACAUACAUAACUUCAUAUAAUUUGUUUUUAAUUCCACAAAAAUUAAUUGAUUAAUUAUGAUAAAUUUAUUGAACAUUUAUUUAAUAUUUAGUACUCCAUUGUGAGCUUUUUUAAGAACAUUAUUAUAUAUUUUAAUAAAAAAUUCAUACACAUACGUAUGUAUAUGUCUAUAUGUAUGUCCUGAAAUUCAAUUAUUUAUAUUUAAUUUCCAUAAACCUAAUUUGGUAUAGCUGUGGUCAAUUAAUUAGCACUAAACUUUAACGUGUAAUUAUUUCAUGUAAUUAUUAUCUAUAUUACUGAAAGAAUUUUUAAAAACAAUUCUGUAAAAUGUUAAAAUUGAAAUAAGCCAUUUCUAUUUGUUUUUGGGGCCACUACCGCAUUUAUCCCCGCAGACAAACAAAAAUAUCCCACACACAAUCAGCAUAAAAUUCCAAACACACAAAUACUGACACAUAUUUAUACAUACAGUCAUACAUACAUACGUACAGAGAUUUUUUAUAAGUUAGUUGUACUCGUAGUUUAUACAAGAUUCAUACAUUUAACAUUGUAAGUACAUUAAUUCAUACAUAAAUACAUACUCAUAUAUAAAAACACAGAUAUAUACAUAUAAAUAGUACAUUCUAUCAAAACUAAAUAAAUACACACAUACUUAUACAUACAUUUAUAUAACCAACCAUAAUUACAUAAACUAAUAAAUUAAAUACUCUUAAAAUAUUCUUAAUAAACUUUUUUAUUCUACAAAAAUAUAAUAAUACUAAAAAACCAAAACAUUCUUCAUAAAUACAAAAAUAUCAAAAAUCCGAUUUGAAUCGACUAAUGUUAAUUAAAACUAAUUACACAUGAAAAAAAAUAUUAAUAUAAACAAAAACUAAAUAAUUAAUAAUAAAAUUGUAUAAUUGUAGUACGUAAAAAUUACUUUGAUUUAUUUACUAAUUAUCAAGUUUUAUAGAUUUUUUUUGAAAUACACAACAAAAUAAGACCACAUUUAAAAAAUUUUAAGUUAUUAAGCCUGUUGGCCAUUCCCAGUAAAACUUAUCUGUAUAAUACAAGUGUGUGUAUUGAAAUUUUCUUUUCUAAUUACUGUGCAAUAAAAAAAAUAUUUAAUAUUAUUAAAUAAAAUGAAAACAAAGAACAUAAAUAGUCAUUGUAAAUUUUAUUUUCUUAGGGCUCAUCCCAUCCAUUGUCAUAUGAUAUUCAUAUGUUAGUUUUAUUAUGGAUUUGGUAUUAAUGAAAAAUUAUGUUUGCAAAAGUUGGAAAAACUCAUUCCUCACAAAAUCAUUCAUUGGCAAUUUUAAACGAAAUUAAUUAAUUGAAUAAUUUUGAAACCAAUAAAUAUGUAAAACUUAACUUAAA